AUGAAAAUAUUAAAUAAUAAUAUAAUUAAAUAUAAAAAACAAAGAAAUACAAUAAUCAAAGUUGCAAUUAUUUGUAAAUUAAUUAUUUGGAUUUAUUGUUUAAUAGUAUCACAACAAUUAGAAAAUUUCGAUAGUUCAACAUCAAUAAAUGCAUUAUCACCAUUAAAGGAACCAAAUGACUCCUCUUUAAUUUUAAAUGACGAAAAAUCAUCAAUAUCAAAUUUAAAAGAUCAUUCAAAUACAUCACCAAUUGUAAAUUUCCUUAUUAAAAGAAUUUUUGUUAAAUGGGAUAGUAUCUAUUUCAUUAGAAUCGCUGAAUUUGGUUAUGAACAUGAACAAAAUCAUGCAUUUUUUCCUUUAUUCCCUUUAUUAAUGAAUAUUGUUGGAAAAGCUUUAAAUAGUUUUUCAUUUAUUCAUUCACUAUCAUUUAGUGAUUGUAUUAUAGUAUCAGGUUUUAUUAUUAGUAAUUUAUCAUUUGUUUUAUCAGCAGUUCAAUUAUUAAAUGAAUUUGCAUUCACAGCAACAUUAUUAUAUUGUAUUAAUCCAGCAGGAGUAUUUACAACAGCAGUUUAUACAGAGAAUUUAUUUAAUUUAAUGAUAUUUAGUGGAUUAGUACAAGUAUUUGGUGGUGAUUAUUAUUUAUUAGAAAUGAAUGGUAGAGAAUUAGGUACACAUUCAAUGCCAUUAUCAAGAAAGAUUUGGUGUACAACUUUGGCAAGUUUAUUUUUCUCUUUGGCAACUGCAACAAGAUCAAAUGGUAUAUUAAUGUGUGGUUUCAUAAUUUAUACUUACUAUUCAAGUUAUAUAACUCAUAUGGCAAGAUUAAUUCUUAGAUUUUUACAUUCAACUAAAACCUAUAAGAAAACUUAUUUGUUGAAACCUUCAAAUUCAAUGGAUAAAUUACCACUUGUAAAUAGUGCUUUCGAUAAUUCAACACUAUCAAAAGAUUUAUUAUUAUAUCCAUUAUUAAUAAUAAUUCAAUCAUUAAUUAUAAUUUUACCAUAUAUUAUUUUUCAAUAUUAUGGUUAUUCAAGAUUUUGUAAUAAUAAUAAUAAUAACAACUUUGAAUUAAUUAAAAAUGGUGAUUGGCCAAGACCAUGGUGUGGUAGUGGUGAUACAAGUGGAUUAUUUAAAUAUCCAAAUUUAUAUGGAUUUGUUCAAAAUCAUUAUUGGAAUCAAGGAUUUUUUAAUUAUUAUACAGUUAGUCAAAUUCCAAACUUUUUAUUUGCAACACCAAUGGUAUUAUUAUCGGUUGGUUCAAUUUUAAGUUAUUUAAGAUAUUUUAUAAAUCAACCAAAUCAAAUGAUUUAUUCAACUUUUAAAAGUAGAUCAAAGAAUAUAACAAUUGAUACAACUUCACAAUUGGCUUCAAUUGGUCAUACAAGUGAUACUUUCUCUGUUGUUUACUAUAGUCCACAUUUAUUACCAUUCAUUGUUUAUCUAUCAUUUUUAACAAUUUUCUCUGUAACUUUUAUGCAUGUUCAAGUUAUUACAAGAUUUUUCAUUCAUUCACCUUUAAUAUUUUGGUUCUGUGCUAAAUUCUUUAUGAAUAAAAUUCCUGAAGUUCCAACUUCUUCACCAAGAAUGUCUGAUUCUAGUAGUAAUAAUAAUGAUAAUAAUAAUAAUAAAAAUAAUAAUAAUAAUAAUAAUAAUAAUAAUAAUAAUAAUAAUAAUAAUAAUAAUAAUAAUAAUAAUAAUAAUAAUAAUAAUAAUAGUAAUAAUAAUAAUAAUAAUACUGGUAUAAAGAAAAAAGAAGAAUCAAAAUUAACAUCAAAAUCUUGCAAAAAAGAAAGAGUUGAAAGAAUUUUAAUUUUAUCUUAUUUUAUACUUUAUAAUGUUUUAGGUUCUGUUUUAUUUACUAAUUUUUAUCCAUGGACAUAA